AUGCGACGAUGGAAGCACAGGGCCAGCGAACUGUGCCGCAACGGUAUAUCUCGGGCCGCUUCCAGCGUGGGGGUGCUGUCAGGUAUGGGGAAGAUCUUCGAUACAGAGAGCAUGGCAGACUUUCGGAGUACCACCCCAGUCAAGGAUGUGGAUGUGUUCAUCAGCCACUCCUGGUCGUCUGGCCGAUGGGAAAAAUACGUGGCCGUGUGCUACUUUCUGAACGUCGGUUUGGCGACAAAGGCAAUGCUGGCAUCUGUGGUGCUUUCGGAAAGCUCCAUGCUGAUUUGCCCCGAUUUGAACAUCCACGUAGUGUUCUGGUUCCUAAUGGACUUCCCUGUUAUUGUCUUUUUCUUGGUCUUCUUCUUUGGGCAGCACCUCACCUGUGGAGUCUGGGGUCGUCGCUUCUGGGUGGACCGGCUCUGCGUGGACCAAACCGAUGAGACAACAAAGUCUGAAGGGAUCGCAGGCUUGCCCACGAUCGUGGCGAACGCGUCCGAAUUGCUGGUCUUCUGGGACAAGUCAUAUUGCGAACGGCUCUGGUGCAACUUUGAGCUAUCGAUUUUUGUGAAAAGCAACGGUCUCAAGAAUUUGCGGCUCGUGCCACUCUGGCUCACUCCGUGGCUGCUGACGACGAUGUUGCUCUCCUACGUUUCAGCUCGGCUCACCUCCGCUUUUUUCGAGUUUGAUCCGAGCUUCAUCGUCGAUAACACCAGCAAGUUCACAGGAGCUGAGGGCGAUGCACUUGCUUUCGGACUGAGUCUAAUAUAUGAGUAUGCGCUGCAAAAUCAAACUUACAUGCUCUUCUGUGCACCACCCAUGCUGGUUGGCCUUGUUUCCUUCCGAAAGAAGUUGGCUGGACACCGGGACAUGUUGGAAAGUAUGAACUCCUUCGAUGUUCGGAGAGCCAAAUGUGCUGUGGAGAACGACCGGUUCGUCAUCGAGGCCCAAGUGGCGGAACUUUUCGACGGGCUCGAGGAACCCAUCAUCGCUGUGCCGAUCGAAGCAGGCGAAGGCGACGACGAGCGGCAGGAGCUCAUCGACAUCUCGUUGACCUACUCAGCUCGUCUUGCCGUGCGCUCCGUUACCGGCUUUGCCAACCAUGACGAUUGCCUGGAAGAGUUCAACAAGUACGUGCAAGGCCCACUGCGUGAUGCAGUUGUCGAGGAUCUCGGGGACGUGACUGACAUACCUUAUAGCGUUUGCCUGCUGGCCAGCUUCCCCUACACCUUGUCUUGUCCUCCCAUUAUUUGGGCGGGAAAGCAUACAUGGCAUGCCCUUGGCUAUCGAUCUGCCGUCGAGUAUGCAGCCGUGAGCUUCAUUGAGAUCAUCUUCUUCAUGGUGGUGUCCCCUGCGGCCUUUCCCUGGUUGCUCCGAUCCGUGAAGUAUCUUGACGAGAGAUUCGAACGCGGCUUGUUGUCGGCAGCCGCAGCAUGCGGCUGCGGAUGGCUCAUCUUCAAUAUUGUGCAGCUUGAGUGUUCCACCGCGGCUGCAUUGCUGGAUAGCUUUAUCAUAGCCCGGCAGCCAAUUUGGUUGUGCUUCUUCGUGCUCGCAGUCCUCGCCGCCAUCUUCCAACACUACAUGCUCUUCGGUGCAGGGUGGCAGCAAAAAUCCAGCCGAGAGGUUGGGACGCAGGGUUGA